ACCUUGAGAAGGUUCUAGGAGAAACAAAAAGAUGGAUCGUACAGAGAUAAAUAGAUAGGGAGAUAGUUACGAAUCGGAAUCGAAAGUCCUAUGACGGAAGACGGAUUAGCACAUCGACAGUUGAAGAUGAAACAUUUUUGCCUGUGUCUGAUGCCCGUGCUGGUCCUGCGCUGUGAACUCACCCGCGUGCUGGUGGAAAACUACAGCUUUGACAAGACUUUCUUCUCCAAUUGGAUUUGCCUCGUGGAGCACGAGAGCAACCUGGACACCAGCAAGAUAACGCGCAAGGAGAACGACAGCAAGAACUAUGGCCUUUUCCAGAUCAACAGCAAGGACUACUGCGCCGAGGGACGCAAAGGCGGGCAAUGCAAUAUGAAAUGUGAAGACUUCUCCAACGACGAUAUAGGCGAUGACAUUGCCUGUGCCAAAAUGAUCCAGGAGCGCGAGUGCUUCAAGUACUGGAAGAGAUGGGAUCGCUUCUGUCGGAAUCCUCAGAAUCUGCCCAAUCUGCGUGUGGCCUGCAAUCUACGUAGCCUGUCGCCCCUGCGCACACCCCGCAGUUUCUUCUACAUCUCAGGCUGAUGACUUACUCCUAUACAUAUAAUACAUGCAUAGACCUCUCCAGAUACUAGUAUAUGUACAAAGUACUAAUGUAUAUAAAUUUUGCAUAAUUGCUUGUUCACUCC